ACUCUGCUGGUUCUGCACCCGACCUAUGCCGGGCAGCCGCGCGUAAUCGCCGCGCCCAGGCGGCCGCCGACCCGACCCUGUGCACCGUCCUGAGCCUAGUUUUCGGUGCCCGCUACUCCCUCAGGCUUCGCCAGCCCCUCGCAACCAUGCCCCGGGUGACUGCGCUCGGGGCCCUUGUGCCACUGCUGCUGCCUCUCCUGCUACUGCUGCUGCCGGUGCCCCGCGACGCCGGGGGGCUUGGGGAGCGCUCAGACUCCUCAGACUUCUGGGACUACUCCGCGCUGGAAGGCGAGGAGGGCGCGGAGCAGCAGCUGGAACAUUACCACGACCCGUGCAAAGCCGCUGUCUUUUGGGGAGACAUUGCCUUAGAUGAAGAGGACCUGAAGUUAUUUCACAUCGACAAGGCCCAUGACUGGGUCAAGCAGUCUGUGGAGGAAACAGGACACAGCACAGGUGGGCUUGGAGAGCAGCCAUCUGAGAGCUGGCCGAACACUACAGCCACGAAUACUAGCCACGAGGAAGCUAGAGAGGAUGGCAAGGAGAAUGCCGUGCUUCCGCAGAGCCCUGGGACCUUACGUGCUGGAGCUGAGACCUUCCCUCCCCGUGUCCGAAGAGCCACAACCUCAAGGACAGAGAGGAUAUGGCCAGGAGGGGUCAUUCCUUAUGUCAUUGGAGGGAACUUCACUGGAAGCCAGAGGGCCAUCUUUAAGCAGGCCAUGAGGCACUGGGAGAAGCACACCUGUGUGACCUUCAUUGAGAGGACUGAUGAAGAAAGCUUUAUUGUGUUCAGUUACAGAACCUGUGGCUGUUGUUCCUACGUUGGGCGCCGAGGAGGAGGCCCGCAGGCCAUAUCCAUUGGAAAAAACUGUGACAAGUUUGGCAUUGUGGCGCAUGAGCUGGGCCAUGUGGUUGGGUUCUGGCAUGAACACACCCGGCCAGACAGAGACCAGCAUGUCACCAUCAUCAGAGAAAACAUCCAGCCAGGUCAGGAGUAUAAUUUCUUAAAAAUGGAAGCUGGGGAAGUGAGCUCUCUGGGAGAGACGUACGACUUUGACAGCAUCAUGCACUACGCCCGGAACACCUUCUCAAGAGGAGUUUUCUUAGACACCAUCCUCCCCCGUCGAGACGACAAUGGUGUCAGGCCAACCAUUGGCCAGCGCGUGCGGCUCAGUCAGGGAGACAUAGCUCAAGCCAGGAAGCUGUACAAAUGCCCAGCGUGUGGGGAGACCCUGCAGGACACAACAGGAAACUUUUCCGCACCUGGUUUCCCGAAUGGCUACCCUUCUUAUUCCCACUGCGUCUGGAGGAUAUCGGUCACUCCGGGGGAAAAGAUCAUCUUAAACUUCACAUCCAUGGAUUUGUUUAAAAGCCGUCUGUGCUGGUAUGACUACGUGGAGGUCCGGGAUGGUUACUGGAGAAAAGCCCCCCUUUUGGGUAGGUUUUGUGGUGACAAAGUCCCAGAGGCCCUCAUCUCCACAGACAGCCGGCUCUGGGUGGAAUUCCGAAGCAGCAGCAACAUCCUGGGCAAGGGUUUCUUCGCCGUGUACGAAGCUACCUGUGGGGGAGACGUUAACAAAGACGCGGGUCAGAUUCAAUCUCCUAACUACCCCGAUGACUACAGACCUUCCAAGGAAUGUGUUUGGAGAAUUACGGUUCCCGAGGGGUUUCACGUGGGGCUGACCUUCCAAGCUUUCGAGAUCGAAAGGCACGACAGCUGUGCAUACGACUAUUUGGAAAUCCGCGACGGCCCCACGGAAGAGAGCGCCCUGAUUGGGCACUUUUGCGGCUAUGAGAAGCCGGAGGAUGUGAAGUCCAGCUCCAACAGAAUGUGGAUGAAGUUUGUGUCCGAUGCCUCUAUCAAUAAAGCGGGCUUUGCAGCCAAUUUUUUCAAGGAGGUGGACGAGUGUUCCUGGCCAGAUCAUGGCGGGUGUGAGCAGCGCUGCGUCAACACGCUAGGCAGCUACAAGUGCGUGUGUGAUCCUGGCUACGAGCUGGCCGCUGACAAGAAGGCGUGUGAAGUGGCCUGUGGCGGCUUCAUUACCAAGCUGAAUGGGACCAUCACCAGCCCUGGGUGGCCGAAGGAGUAUCCUACAAACAAAAACUGUGUCUGGCAGGUGGUGGCCCCGGCUCAGUACCGGAUUUCCCUUCAGUUUGAAGUGUUUGAACUGGAAGGCAACGAUGUGUGUAAGUACGACUUCGUGGAGGUGCGCAGCGGCCUGCCCCCCGACGCCAGGCUGCACGGCAAGUUCUGCGGCUCCGAGACGCCCGAGGUCAUCACCUCGCAGAGCAGCAACAUGCGUGUGGAGUUCAAGUCCGACAGCACUGUCUCCAAACGCGGCUUCAGGGCCCAAUUCUUCUCAGACAAGGACGAGUGUGCCCAGGACAAUGGCGGAUGCCAGCAUGAGUGUGUCAACACCUUCGGGAGCUACCUGUGCCGGUGCAGAAACGGCUACCGGCUCCACGACAACGGGCUCGACUGCAAAGAGGCUGGCUGUGCGCACAAGAUCAGCAGUGCGGAAGGGACCCUGGUGAGCCCCAACUGGCCAGACAAGUACCCCAGCCGGAGGGAGUGUACCUGGAACAUCUCCUCAACCGCGGGCCACAGGGUGAAACUCACGUUUAACGAGUUUGAGAUCGAGCAGCACCAGGAAUGUGCCUAUGACCACCUGGAACUGUACGACGGACCCGACAGCCUGGCCCCUGUCCUUGGCCGGUUCUGCGGCAGCAAGAAACCAGACCCCGUGGUGGCUUCAGGCAGCAGCCUGUUUCUCCGGUUUUAUUCUGACGCCUCGGUGCAAAGGAGAGGCUUCCAGGCAGUGCACAGCACAGAGUGCGGGGGCCGCCUGAAGGCCGAAGUGCAGACCAAAGAGCUCUAUUCUCAUGCCCAGUUUGGGGACAACAAUUACCCAAGCCAGGCCCGCUGCGACUGGGUGAUCGUGGCAGAGGACGGAUACGGCGUGGAGUUGGUAUUCCGGACCUUUGAGGUGGAGGAGGAGGCCGACUGUGGCUACGACUACAUGGAGGCGUUCGACGGCUACGACAGCACGGCGCCCAGGCUCGGCCGCUUUUGCGGCUCCGGGCCACUGGAAGAAAUCUACUCUGCAGGGGACUCUCUGAUGAUUCGAUUCCACACAGAUGACACCAUCAACAAGAAGGGCUUUCAUGCUCGGUACACCAGCACCAAGUUCCAGGACGCCCUGCACAUGAAGAAGUAAUGAUGUUCUUGAAAGACAGGAAUUGAGAAUGUUUUUAUAACAAUAGCACCUUGUGAAUCUGCCCUUGAAGCAGUGUACAGUAUUUUUCUCAAGCAAAAACUCAAAAUCUAGCCUUGGAGGUGUACGUAUCUGAUGAAGUUUGGCCAACACAGAGACACAGAGGAGAGAAGAUGUUCCUUUGAUUCUGGCUGCGGUGUUAACAAUCGUGAAGUUUUAAAGAUUAAGGUUUGACGUCACUGACCAGUCCAGGUACGCCUGUUCGCUCUGCUUGUCCCUUGCUCCUACGGGGGCAAAAGCCCACCCUCGGGUGAGUCCAGAUCUAUUUCUGGAGGUGCUUCCAGGGGUGUCAGGCAUUGUGACCAUGUCCUGGAGACUCAGGCCAUCUUCUGUCUACACUGGGCAUUGAGGGUGAAAGCUCAGUUAUUGCUCAUGUGUUCCUCUCAGCUUAGGCUCAGGACUUUUGCUGACUCUCUGCCAGGGACACGUCAACCAGAAAAUCUGAGAGUAUGGGUGCCAGGACUGAAAAGGACACCAGAGUAAGCCGUGCAUAGAGGGCACUGGUGUCCAAGGCACAUAGUCACGGAGCAAGGAGACCUCCAGCCUUCCCUCGGCAUCGUCAGCUCUCCUCGCCCACCUCGGGUUCCCCCUCCCUAAUUGCACUGGGGGGCGGAGGCACCCUCUGUGACCUCCAGCAGAAUAUUUGCUGGUGAGAGUCCCCAGUCUGCUGAGAAGAAAACACCCUGGCUCGUCCUGAUACUCCCGCCCUCGCUGAGUUGGUGAAGACACCCCCUGGGCUUGGGUUUCCAUGGGCUGAGACCAUCCCUUCCUCCAGCUUUGGGGACGCUUGCUAUGGUUGACCUUGACGCUUGAUAACCCAUUCAAACUGCAUUUGCAAGACGUGCACAAACAUCUUCAGUGGGACCAUUCAGAUCCCUUGUGGGGUGAACAUCAUUGAAAACUGGGUAAUUAUAAGUCAUGUAAGAAUCAACACCUGGUAGAACAAGUCCACCUGUGACUAACUUCCUGUAACCAGGUAGUUAGCGGGUACAUCAGUGACUUUGCUCAGACUAGUUAGCAUUCAGUCACCAACUUGCAAUCAGAACUCCCCACACUUGGCACUUGUUCUGGAGACCGUAGAAGACACUGUUUGCAUAAAUUUAGAACCUCCAGAUAUACUUUAAACAGUGAGGUAGUUUUGAAUGGCAUUUCAUUAAGGCAUCUAUGGGCAUUAUGAGCUAAAAGCUGUGGUAUGUUAGCUUUAAAAGAGUAUUUAUGUUGGAGUAAUUUUUAAAUAAUGUUUACAUAACUGUAAGUCCUGUGUGGUUGGUACUGAACACAGGGUAGUGCACGAGCGUGUUUCCAGUGAGCAGAGAUCUUCCCAGGCACUGGACUUCCUUUGGGGAUGAAUCAACAUCAUUUGAAACAAAAUAUUUGCAAAAGAUUCAAAGUUAUAUUUUUUAAAGAUCAGAAUAUGCCCCCAGAGGACUAUGUCUAAUUAAAAUGAUUGCUGGAAGUAAAAAGAAAGAAAGAAAGGGAAAGAAAGAAAGGAAGAAAAAGAAAAGAAAACAAAAAAAGUUAGAAGAAAUGCAUGGGAAUAUUUUUUCCUUAAAACAGAAAAAAUCAAAGUAUUAUUAAUAAUAAUAUAUGUCUGUAUAUAUGUAUGUAUGUAACUGUCAGAGCCUUAAUCAAUGCAGUGUGAUACAUGCCACCCCACCGACGGUAGCUUUACUGAGGAGGCCCUCCUGGACCGGCCUUGUGUUUGUGGUUCUUUUUUUUUUUUUUAUACCAAGCUCUCUCCCUUGGCCUUUCCUGGCUCUAGGUGGAGGUUCAGCCUACAUACCGUGACCUAUAGCAGACCCUACCCUGGGGGAUCUUUGAUUCAGCAGAUGGAGGCCCAGGUCUUACCUGCUUCACAGGGUGG